CCCCCCAGCCACAGCGCCGCCCCAUCCUAGCACGCCUCGGUAGACCCGGGCUCGGUUCCCACUCAACGGAAGCCGAGUGGCCUGUGCGGGAGACUGUCCGGAAAGAUACCAGACCUGGCUCCUCCUCUCUGGACCGCCAUCUUCGAAGUUGUAAGAUAUGGAGGAUGAAGAUCAGACAGUUGAAUGUCAGUAUUCAAAGCCAUCCCUGGGAACCACUCACGCGGCUUCUCGACAUCACGAACUGCAGGAGGAGAGAGUCACGAACCUCAAAGGUCCAGAUGGAAAUGAACCGACGGAAGACAGUAACCUGCUGACUGGCGGGGAGAAAAAACCCCAGGACUCACCAGCGGAACCCAGCAACCUGCAGAGUCCAAGGCGAUUCCUGGCCUGCCCUCCACACGGCCGGCUGGCCGGGGCGAUAACUAAUGGUACCAUGGUUGUUCUCCUGUGGGCCGUGGUUUGGUCAAUUACUGGUCCUGAAUGUCUUCCUGGAGGAAAUCUGUUUGGAAUUAUAAUCCUCUUCUAUUGCUCCAUCACCGGAGGUAAACUUUUUGGACUCAUUAAGUUUCCAACGUUGCCUCCUCUGCCUCCUCUUCUUGGCAUGCUACUUGCUGGGUUUCUCUUGAGGAACGUCCCAGUCAUCAAUGAUAAUGUCCAAAUCCAGCAUAAGUGGUCAUCAUCUUUGAGAAGCAUAGCCCUUUCUGUCAUUCUGGUUCGUGCUGGCCUCGGUCUGGAUUCAAAGGCCCUGAAGAAGCUGAAGGGUGUGUGUGUGCGACUGGCCAUGGGUCCCUGCAUCGUGGAGGCCUGUGCGUCUGCCCUUCUCUCACACUUCCUGAUGGGGUUGCCAUGGCAAUGGGGGUUCAUCCUGGGUUUUGUCGUAGGUGCUGUGUCUCCUGCUGUUGUGGUGCCUUCAAUGCUCCUUUUGCAGGAAGGAGGCUACGGCGUUGAAAAGGGAAUCCCAACUUUACUCAUGGCCGCUGGCAGUUUCGAUGACAUCCUGGCCAUCACCGGCUUCAACACGUGCUUGGGUGUGGCCUUUUCUACAGGGUCUACAGUUUUUAACAUCUUCAGAGGCAUCUUGGAGGUGGUAAUCGGUGUGGCGACUGGAUCUCUUCUUGGGUUUUUUAUCCAGUACUUUCCCAGCAGAGACCAGGACAACCUCGUGUGGAAGCGAGCCUUCCUGGUUCUGGGCUUUGCUGUGCUAGCUGUGUUCAGCAGUGUGUAUUUUAGCUUCCCGGGGUCAGGAGGACUGUGCACGUUGGUCAUGGCUUUCCUAGCAGGCAUGAGGUGGACUGACAAGAAGUCAGAGGUGGAAAAAAUAGAGAAAACCCCACAUCCCAUUAUUUCUAAAACCCGACCAUUUCUUUCAGGCCUUUGUGUUGCAACCCUUGGCAUUGCAGUGUUGAUACGGAUUCUGACUACAUUCUUGAUGGUGUGUUUUGCUGGUUUUAACAUAAAGGAAAAGAUAUUUAUUUCUUUUGCCUGGCUUCCAAAGGCCACAGUCCAGGCUGCUAUUGGCUCUGUGGCUCUGGACACAGCGAGAUCCCAUGGAGAGAAGCAGCUAGAAGACUAUGGGAUGGAUGUGCUGACGGUAGCGUUUUUGGCCAUCCUCAUUACAGCACCAAUUGGAAGCCUACUGAUUGGUUUGCUGGGUCCCAGGGUACUUCAGAAAUCCGAACAUCGAAACGAAGAAGAGGUUCAAGGAGAGACUUCUGCACACGUACGGAGGAAGUCUGGGGAUUCCGUGACAGAAGCCUGA